AUGGCGCUCCAUCAUGCUGCAAAAUCAGGCGACCUAGAGUUGGUCUUGUUCCUUUUAGAAAACGGCGCGGAUGUCCACGCUCGUGCACUACGGUAG